AUGACCCCCGAAGCAGCCGAUGUCCGGGCGGCCAUGGCGCAGACCGCCGUGACCGCGUUCGAUCGCCUGGCCAAGGAACAGGAGGAGGAAAUAAAACGGGCCUUGCGGGCAUCGGAGGGGGAAAACGACAACCCUCCGACCCCGACCCCGACCCCGACCCCGCCGGCAACAGCCGACGGAGACGGGGACAACCAGGGCCCCACACCGUCGCCGCCGGGGCCCCCGGUCCUGUCGCCCCCGUCCGAGGCAAAGUUGCCGCCGCCGCCGCCGCCGCCCGCCACUACCGCCACGAAGAACGGAGACGGGCUGAGCAGCUGGUCAGGGUCGAGCACCGCGGACCUGUCGGACGGCCCCACCGCGGGCUUGUUCGUGGACGACGGUAACGGGGGGAGGAAGAAGGGUGCCGUCGCUGGUGGUGGUGGGCCUACGGCCAUAGCCGGCGGCGGCGGAGGCGGCGCCGCCGCCGUGGCGUUAAGGGGGGGUGGCGCCGGGGGCGGCGAAGCGGGGUCGGCAGGAGCAGCUCCGCGCGCCGACGGUGCUGCGGCGUCGUUGAGCGCAGCCGGUUAUGACGACGGCGGUGGCGGCGGCGGCGACGGUGUCGGCGUGCCGGCGGGAGAAGCGGGAAGGUCAGGCGGCGAAGACGACACAGAUGGCCUUCGGGCACGACUCGCGAGACCGGAAAGCAGCGCUCGCGCAGAGGGAAACGGCGGCGGUGUUGAUGGUGGUAUCGGAGGUGGUGUGGGUGAGGAUUCCCCCCCGGUAGCGUCCCCGCCCAUCGGCAGCCGGCUUCUCUCCGCCCCCCUCGACAUGCUGUCCGCGGUCGGGGCGUGGGCAACCGGCCGAGGGAGGUAUUCCGUGGGGUCGGCCGCGAGCGACACGGCCGCCGCCGCCCCCGCCGUCGCUACCGCUACUGCGACCGCUGCCUCCUCGUCGUUGUCGGACGGUGGGCGGACCGCCAGCAGCAGCGAGAGCAGCAUCAGCAGCACGGCGGCCGGCGACCCCCCCGCCUUGCCGCGGAGCGGGGAUGGCGUCGGAAGCCGUACCGGUGGGUCGGGCAGCGCGGGCGAUGGCGCGCGGCCCGGGACGUACGCCGGCGCCAGCCCGCUAGACCUGAGGCUGGACGGCUUCUCCGGGCACGGCGGUGGCGGCGACAGCGGGGCGUCUGCUUCCGGGAGGCCUCCUUCCGUACACGUUCCGGGGGAAGAGGAGGACGGCAUGGUCCUCAACAGCCCGCCGCCCAACGGCAACGGAGAGGCGGAGGUUGCGGCCACGACCAACGGGAAGCGGAAGCCGGUGUGUUCUCCGGCCGUCACCCCGGAAGGGCCGAACCCUGGCCAGCACUUCGGGGAUGCCCGGUCGACCGCCGCCGCCGCCGCCGCCACCGCUGCCGUUGAGGAAGACUGGAGGGUGGCGAACACCGCAGCAGCACCAGGCUCGAGGCGACGAAGCAGGGGGAGAAGCAGCACGGGUACGGCCGGACCACCGCCGCCACCAGCACGAAGAGCCGCGGCUGUAGCCGGAGCCGAUGAUGCAGCGGCGGCUGUUGGGCAGGAGGAGGGGGAGGAGAUGCCCGGGGAGGAGCCGCCGGGAGUCGCGGCCUCCGUGCGCGCCUUCGCCGCCGCGACGGAGGCGUACCACGCCACGGAGAGGUGGCGCUCGGCAAGGUCGGGGGGUGCGGGGUCGCGGCGCGGGCAGCCGCACCCCAGGGGGAGCAGCCCCGGCGGCGAUGGCGAGGCUGCUACCGGCGGUAGGAGUAGUAACCCUUGGCUCGCGACGUCGUCGUUGGCGAUCGCGGCGGCAGAGCGAAGACCUCAGGGUGAGAGCCGGGCCGAUGAGGAUGGGCGGCGGCUCGCGGCCGGCGGCGGGUCUUCAAGCCACGGCGGAGGAGGAGGAGGCGGGGCGACGGGGGCUCGAGCAGGGGGCGAGGGGGAGACAAGGCCGGAAACGGCGCCCCCCAAGGCAAGGUAUCACUCCCGCACGCGCCGUCCGCGCGGGGAGGACCCCUCCGGGGCGCCGGUCGACCGCUAUCCGUUGACGGAACGCGGUAGCCGCUCCGUCCAGGACGGGAUCGACACCAUGUCGCUGGCCAGCAGCAUCGCCUCGGGGGAGCGGCGCUACUACAGCAGCGGGAGGUUGCCGCACGUGGCGGCCGUGGCGGCGGGGGCGAACCACGACUUCGACCUGGGCGGGGGGCACGGCGGCGGCAGCAGCAGCGACGCGUACCAACUCGCGGUGGCGGCGGCGACGUCGCCGACGCGUCGACGGCGGGCGUCGGCGGCGGGGGGGGGCACGCAGUCCGCAGGACGAAGGGAGUCGUCGAACCCCCCUCCUCCGCGCGAGCUGUCCGACUACAGCUUGUACCCCCGGUCGCCGGCGUCGACCACCGCGGCUCGUGCGCGGCGGGCUGGCACGGGCGAAGGGGAAGCCCGGUCGUCGAGGGGGAUUUCGUCGUCGUCGUCGUCGCUGUCCCGCGACAGCGGUCGCUGCUCCCUCGCUCGAAGCAGCAGCGGCAGCGGCGGCGGCGGCGGCGUGGGGAGGGACGUUGGCGAUGGUUUCACCGGGGCCGGGAACGAAGAACGAGAGCGGCGGAACCGAGGGGAGUCAGCAGGCUACUACAGCUACGGCGACAGCAGCUACUCGUACGGAGCGAGGGCGGGCUCCUCGACGGCCUCCCUCUCUCGACAACUCAGCGGCAGCGGUCGAUCCCCGAGCCCAGCGGUAGCCCGCCCGUCCUCCGCCUCCCGGAAGUCCGACCACCUCCGGGCGGCAGCGCUUACGAGACCGGGAUCCUCCUCCUCCUCUCUGUCGCGGGCGGCGCUAACCGGACGGAGGUCGCCGCUGCGCACGUCCAUCUCCUCCUCGUCGUCGUCGGUGUCGGCGUCCUCUUACCUGGCGUCGGGGAAGCUGGGAACGGCGGCGUCGGCGGCGCGGUGCCCGUCGAACGUCCCCGGGGCGGUGUUGACGCAGCAGCAGCAGGGGCUCUCGGCGAGGGGGGUGCUCCUCUCGAGAGCCGGGUCGGGCGGCGGCGGCGGCGGCGGCAGCGUGAGGUCCAACGGCAGCGUGCGGUCCGGCAGGUCCUACUCGGGCAGCUGCAGCGGGUCCAACGCGGGGUAUGGCGGGCAGACCCUGUCCGAGAUUCGGAGGAGCUUGGCCGCCCGAGAGCGGCGGGAGGUGGAGGCGACGAGUGUGGGGGCGCCGCGGAGUCGUAAGGCGUACGCGGACACCCCCAAGUUUUACUAGGGAGGGGGGGAGGGGGCGUUUUCGCGUCGUCGUCGUCGACCGGUCUUCGUGAUUUUUGAUAACAGGCCGCCAUAUUUGUGUCUUGAGUGCUAGCAUCGGCCUAGAAAAUUAACCGACCGAUCAAUGCAAAUUUGCCAGUCUCAGUGCCGUUGAAAACUAAACACACUUCUUCUGAAGGCCAUGAUCUGGGACCGAACCGGUGGGGCGGGGUCAUCAUGUUUGUGUCUGCGCGCGCGCAGGCAUCAUUGUAUGUUUAUUCUCGGGCGGGGUGUGACAAGAAUGGUGAUGUUGGGGGUCUCGAGGUGUCCCCCAUAAGUUUUAGGACAAGCGACGACUGCUGCUGGUUUUUGUCUAGAAUUUUCUCAGUAGAUCUAUCGAUGUUCGCUCGUGAUGUAAAUCCGUUUUUUUCUUUCAUGUACUUGUUGUGUCGCCCCCUCCGGCUUCGCUCAACUUACAGAAUGUUUGACUCCGGCUACCCAGGGAGGUGGCAUAUUUUGCUGUGUUGUAACCUAAAAACCGAGCUAGGGAGUGUGCAAAAGUUGAUUGUCCGGGUGUGUGUGGGGGGUCGGGUGGUUGUGCUUGGCUCGCUCGCUUCUUGGUGGUGUUUUUUUUUGUAGGAUACAUUUGUUGUGGAUUUACUUGAGGUGAUGCGACGUGGAGGUUUUUAUGUCGGUGAGGACGCUGUUAUCGGACACCCUUUCUUGUUUUCGUUUUUUUUUCCGCGGUUCGACGCCUGUGCGGCUGCGCGUCUUGUCUCGGGACCCUCUCCUUUUUUUGUCCAGGCGAAGGCGUGUUUAGAAGUGGUAUGUAUGUGAAGAGUGCAAGAAACAGUUGGAAAUAUUUAGUAGAUAUCGGAUGAUGAUGGGUGCUCUAUAGGGUUGCCCUUCCAACGAGCCC